AUUUUUCAAUUUGGGUCUUCUCUUUUACUCCAUUUGAAUUGAAAUCAGAGUGAAAAGAGAGGUUCCAUUGCUGGAAAAAGAUUGCUCAAAGACCAAAGUUGAUUGCUUUAAGAAGAGAUAUGGCUAUGGAAGGUGUAAGAUUGAUGGUUUGGAGAUUAGGGUUUCUGGUUUUGGUAUUGUUGCUUGAUGUCUCUACUGCUACACUUUCUCCUACUGGUGUAAACUAUGAAGUGACGGCUUUGGUGGCUGUGAAGAAUGAAUUGAAUGAUCCGUACAAUGUUCUUGAGAAUUGGGAUGUGAAUUCAGUUGAUCCUUGUAGCUGGAGAAUGGUUACUUGCACUGAUGGCUAUGUCUCUGGAUUGGUACUUCCUAGCCAAAGCUUGUCUGGUACAUUGUCUCCUAGAAUUGGAAACCUCACCUAUCUAGAAUCUGUGUUGUUGCAAAACAAUGCGAUCACUGGUCCAAUUCCCGAAACGAUUGGGAGGUUGGAGAAGCUUCAGACACUUGAUCUUUCGAACAAUUCAUUCACUGGGGAGAUACCAGUCUCACUUGGAGAACUCAAGAACUUGAAUUACUUGCGGUUAAACAAUAACAGUCUUUUAGGAACUUGCCCUGAGUCUCUAUCCAAGAUUGAGGGACUCACUCUAGUUGACAUUUCGUAUAACAAUCUUAGCGGUUCGCUGCCAAAAGUGUCUGCCAGAACUUUCAAGGUAAUUGGUAAUGCGUUGAUCUGUGGCCCAAAAGCUGUUUCAAACUGCUCUGCUGUCUUUCCCGAGCCUCUCACGCUUCCACAAGAUGGUCCACCAGAUGAGUCAGGAACUCGUACCAAUGGCCAUCACGUAGCUCUUGCAUUCGCCGCAAGCUUCAGUGCAGCAUUUUUUGUUUUCUUUACAAGCGGAAUGUUUCUUUGGUGGAGAUAUCGGCGUAACAAGCAAAUAUUUUUUGACGUUAAUGAACAAUAUGAUCCAGAAGUGAGUUUAGGGCACUUGAAGAGGUACACAUUCAAAGAGCUUAGAUCUGCGACCAAUCAUUUCAACUCGAAAAACAUUCUCGGAAGAGGCGGAUACGGGAUUGUGUACAAAGGACACUUAAGCGAUGGAACUUUGGUAGCUGUCAAACGUCUCAAGGACUGUAACAUUGCGGGCGGAGAAGUCCAGUUCCAGACAGAAGUAGAGACUAUAAGUUUGGCUCUUCAUCGAAAUCUCCUCAGGCUCCGUGGUUUCUGUAGUAGCAACCAGGAGAGAAUCUUAGUCUACCCUUACAUGCCAAAUGGGAGUGUCGCAUCACGCUUAAAAGAUAAUAUCCGGGGAGAGCCAGCAUUAGACUGGUCGAGAAGGAAGAAGAUAGCGAAAGCUCUUGAUUUUGGCCGAUCCGCUCACCAAAAAGGCGUCAUGCUUGACUGGGUGAAGAAGCUGCAUCAAGAAGGGAAACUAAAGCAGUUAAUAGACAAAGAUCUAAAUGACAAGUUCGAUAGAGUAGAACUCGAAGAAAUCGUUCAAGUUGCGCUUCUCUGCACUCAAUUCAAUCCUUCUCAUCGACCUAAAAUGUCAGAAGUUAUGAAGAUGCUUGAAGGUGACGGCUUGGCUGAGAGAUGGGAAGCGACGCAGAACGGUACUGCGGAGAAUCAGCCACCGCCAUUGCCACCGGGGAUGGUAAGUUCAUCGCCGCGUGUAAGGUAUUACUCAGAUUAUAUCCAGGAAUCGUCUCUUGUAGUAGAAGCCAUUGAGCUCUCGGGUCCACGAUGAUAAUAAUUCACUUCUUUUUUU